AUGCUAUUCUACUUCAAUGUUCGUUUAUCACAAUUCUUGCCAGUUAUCGACAGUGACAGCGUCUGGGUGGUUGAAUUUUACGCACCGUGGUGCGGCCAUUGUCAGGCCUUUGCGCCCGAAUUUGCGAAGUUAGCGAAAGUUUUAAAAGGUGUAAUAAAGGUUGGAGGUGUGAACAUGGUUGACCAUGCUUCGGUUGGUGCGCCGUACAAUGUGAAGGGCUUUCCAACAAUUAAGAUCUUCGGUGCUGACAAGCAAUCGCCAAUUGACUAUAACGGUGAAGCAGACUCGAUUAAUGAGCUUCGAAAUUUGGUUAAAUCGCGAAUCGGUGGUAAAACAUCUAGUUCAAAGAAAAGCGAAAAGGUAUUAUUGGAUGACAGUAACUUUGAAGAAAAGAUCACUUCCAGCGAUGAUAUGUGGUUGGUGGAGUUCUUUGCACCCUGGUGCGGACACUGUAAAAACCUUGCCCCUCACUGGGCAGCUGCCGCCACAGAGCUACGCGGCAAGGUAAAGCUAGCGGCGAUAGAUGCGACCGCUAAUACCGCGAUGGCUCAAAAAUUUGGAAUUCAAGGUUUUCCAACAAUCAAAAUGUUUCCUUCUGGUUCCAAGAAGCUUGAAGACGCUGUCGAUUAUGACGGGGGCCGAACUUCUUCUGAUAUUGUCCAAUGGGCACUUAAUAAAUUGGCUGAAAACGUUCCACCACCCGAAGUUGUUCAGAUUACAGAUAAGGAAGUCUUCGAUAAAGCCUGUUCUAAAAGCCAACUUUGUGUUAUAUCGUUUUUUCCGCAUAUUUUGGACUGUCAGUCAAAGUGUCGAAAUGAUUAUCUCUCGGUGCUUCAUGACAUGGGUGAGAAGUACAAAAAGCACAUGUGGGGUUGGAUCUGGGCCGAGGCAGGCGCCCAGCCAAAACUGGAAGAAGCAAUGUCGGUUGUGAAUGCGCGUAAGGUGAAGCAUUCCAUAUUUAAAGGUUCCUUUGAUCGUCAGGGUAUAAGCGAAUUUUUACGGUAA